GAAAAAAAAAAAAAAAAAAGGCGCCAAGAGGUAGCAUCCGAGGUCAGGAGGGACCAGAGCUUGAGCCGGAGCCCAAUUCAGUCAGGACGAAGAGAUGCCGGUGUUGAAGCAGCUGGGCCCUGCACAGCCCAAGAAGCGACUGGAUCGAGGAGCACUCUCUAUUUCAGCGCCCCUUGGAGACUUCAGGCACACGUUACACGUGGGACGCGGUGGCGAUGCCUUCGGGGACACCUCCUUCCUGAGUCGCCACGGAGGUGGCCCGCCCCCUGAGCCCGGGGCCCCGCCGGUUGGGGCCCCACUUUCAGUCCCUCCACCUGCAGUCCCACAGCCCCCUGCGCCUGAUCCCCGAGUGCCUUCACCUGCGGACCCGCUACUGUCCUUCCACUUGGACCUGGGCCCCUCUAUGCUGGACGCGGUUCUAGGUGUCAUGGACGCCGAGCGCACUGAGGCAACAGCCACCAAGCCUGAAGAGGAUGACCAACCUGGAAUGAAGCACCCCAAUGCCCGCUGCUGCUCCAAUGCUGACCUCCAGCCGGAUGACGUCAUCGGUCUGUAGUGUCCUGAUUCCCGCAACCCCUGCCUCCCAACAUCCCACUUUUGUACACAUAAAUGGCCGAGGUUUGUGCCACAGGCUGUGUCUAUUCACUUCGCACGGGAA